AUUCAAUGGCGCCAUUCGUGAGCCUAGCCUGUGUCGACCCUGGCGAUACACUCUCAUCAGACUCACACUCCCAAUAGCACCAUUUCUGUCCAUCCGAGGUACCUUUGAUCCCAUCAUUCUACUCGAGUCAGACAUUGUCCAGCGGGUCCGUCUAGCUGCUCGUCACUCCAGCAAAACACUCCUCCUUUGCCUCCGUCUGCUGGAUCGCGCGCACUCGGAGCCCGCCUGCACGCGUCCGGCCUUUCCCCUCAUGGCGUGCCGACCUACGCAUCCACCCGCGCCUCAGACUCCUCGUAAUCAGUGAGCGAAUUGAGCGAAUUUGACCCCAUCGUCGCAGUCUGUCGAGGACCGUCGCUCGGAAGCUGGCCUCUGCGACAAGCAGCGUCGCAUCCCUGCGAGAACAAGAGAACUUGCACGCCUUGGCGGCAGGAGCAGGCAUCAGCCUGCAAGCUCUAUCGUCAUGGCCGCUGCUGCUGCUGCAAUGAUGCAGCCUCUCCAGCUGGAUUCAUACACUCCAGCGAAGGGAGCGUGCGCUCCACCGUCAAUGACAGACUCUCAGUCGCCCGACGUUGCGCUCAAAUCAGGUCGGACCUCCCGUGUCUCCACACCCAACACACCUCUCGCGGCCAGAAGGUCGUCGCUGUCACGCACGCGAACAGAGGAGCAAAUGGCAGGGCCUUCAGACUAUGGUCGAUCGCCCCGUCGACAGUCGACGAGGCUUGCUGAGACUCGGAAGGUUCAAAAGACGACGGCGAGCAAGCCCAACACUCAUUCCGCCGAUUCUAGCCUGGACUCGCACGAGCAAUGGCGACGGGUUGCGGACAAUUCCAUCACGCCGGUGCGACCCUCACGUAGCCAUUUACGCCCUUCGUCUCCUACGCAGCAUCCUUCGCACGUCGACUCUGCCUCACAGCCUUACUCGAACUUGCUUGCGGCGUCCUUGAGCACACCGGAGCUUCACCUGUCCUCAGAUCCACUUCUAGAUGAAGGACUUCGCGUCAUUCAGACGCCCUCCGACGCGUUCCAGGGCUUCGCGUGGCCUGCAGCCACCACAGGCGCCAAACGUCCGCUCGAUGCACUCGACGGUGUUCCACCGCAAACGGCUGCCAGAAUGCUGAAUGGCCCUUUGCCCAGCAUUGGCUCAGUAGUUGACAGUCAAUUGAGCCCUCGUGAGCGCAAACACAGCACUGCUACGGUGCGGAAGGAGCCACAUGCCGGUACGCAGAGCUCGUUGCAUGGUAGUUGUAGCUCCUCGGCCACGGUGCAAGCCUCGCCCCACCCGGAUGAGUUUGGUUCCAGAAGCAACACGGCGGCGAACUCUCCUCAAACCACUCCAUCGCGUCGUGAGGAGAAGCGACGCUCUAGCGCAGGCCUUCAAGAGCCAUCUUUCCGACACCCACGGACCUGGUUCAACCGGCCACGGAGGUGGAGCACAGCGUCGAAGACAUCGACGGACAUCAACAGUCCCACUACGUCACCUGCGCCCUCGCCAGUGAUUGCGUCGACCAGCUCGGAAGGGUUUCCGAUCCUUGGAAAGUAUUCGCCAUCAUCUCAUCUCUCUACAGAUGCCGAAUCAAGCUCGAUGCUCUCGACGCGACGAAGCAGUACUGUGGAAGCUCUGGAGUUGGUGCGGGGUGCAAGAGCUUUCCUCGUUGGUGAGCUAGGCCGGCUCUCGACUGAUGCUAUGGGUGAAGACCGCGAAAGAAUAGCAAGCCUUGCAUGGUACGCUAGGCAGCAAGAGGCGGAAGCCGACGGAGUCGCGAUCGACUCGACUCAAGAGAUGCGCGAGUUUUGCGUCAGCAUUUCGGAUGGAGUUGUUCUUUGUCUGGUUGCAAAUAUGCUGCGGCCGGGCGCUGUCGACUUCAUCGACCGAAGGCCUCUGGAGUGGGUCAAGUCGGACAAUAUUUCACGAUUUCUACGCGCAGCACGAGAUGUGUUCGGCCUUCGCUCGAAGGAUCUGUUUCACCCAUUGGACCUCACGGACGGAACGAUCGAAGGCUUGCAACGCGCUGCCGAGACCAUCCUCGAAGUGCAGCGCAGAUGCCAGGCAACGUCCAAUCGCGUUGAUGAGCCUGGCGCGUCUGCGGCCAUGCGUGCGUCAAGCUCGUCCGGUCGGACGGCCGAUGUUGUAACCCCACCCUUGACACCAGACGGCUCUGUGGAUGACAGGGAGUCUGUCAGCAUCGGCAGGAAUUCGGCAGUGCCAUUUCCCCAUGCGAUCGAUGGCUCGCCUCAUGGCUCGCCUUCGAAGCGCAGCUCAGGCAUCCGGAACGGCGCGUAUCUCGGUACUCCACUGUCCGUACAGCAGCAGCGGGAAGAGGCUGAGCGCAUUCUUGUGUCUGCAUCUGCGACCAAAGUCCCGUUGACGAAGGAGUUGCAGGCGCAAGGCCGACGCCGACGUUCCAGCGACAGAUCUCAAUCACUUCUCUCGGCAUCGCGUCCUGCAAAGGGGCCUUCGAUCACAUUUGCUGAGUCAGUCAGUAUGCGCGGGCCUGACGAAGACUCACGCAUGCCAUACAGGGACCGCAAGCUCAGCGAGUCAGCGAUCAGUCUGACGGGUGUGAUGGAGGAAGAAUCGGAAGAGGUCCUUUGCACGCCAGUGGUGCAGCAAGGCCCUGUCAUGGGCUCGACUGCUGCCUCGACCAUCAAUCACCUGGAAGAGCCUAGCGACUACUCUCGCGAGGGUCCGUCGAGUCCCAGAAUCGGCGCCACGAGUAUCGCGUCGUAUGGCUCUUCGCCCCUAGCACGGGCCGAAUCCCAGCGCCGAAUCAGUCAAGAAUUGUCCUUUGGUGGUAACGGUAGUCCCGGCCGACCACUGAGAUCAUCUUCUGAAUUCGAUGAAUUCAAAUUUCCCACCACAGGCAGUCCACUUCGCCAGACGCCAGUCCGCCGCCACAGCGCCCGUGCAUUUGCAGGACCAUCGUCGCUAAAUCCGUCUCGAGACUCGCCGAAUUUUGAGCUGGCGGAUGGCGCAGGAGCGCCGAGCUCUGCUACAAACGGCACCGGCGUGCCAAGCAGAGUGCCAUUCCCUCGAGCGCAUUCGGCCAACGAGUCGCCGAGCGUGAAGAGAGUUGGCAGGCAUCUCUCGCUGAAUACCGGCAUCGCCGGAUACGACUCUUCUGCGGCUUCUCAGAGCGGAUAUGCUCCAACAUCGCCAAAGCUUGGUGCAAGGCCAAAUUAUCGGCACAUGCGGUACUCUUCCGACCUGCAAGUUCCGAGAAGUGCUGUCCCUCUCGGUCAGCAGGAUCUCAUCAGCGAUCGAAGUCCCACGCUUACAGCGGCGCCGCUAUCUGCGCAGCCAUCCCGGAGCCGUUACGACUCCGAAAUGGGCUCCAUGUACAGCAACACGGUGGCCAGCUACAGCACAGAAGAUGCCUUAUCGAUGCCAGGAAUUGGAUCGCGACUGAGCCGUGAGGCGUCCGUCGCGCCUGCUGCGAAGCACAAGCUCGUAGUCACCGAAGCUGGCAAGCCUAAUGUGUCUUAUCAACUUGGCAACUGCAUAGGCAGGGGUCAAUUUGGAUCUGUCUAUCGCGCUCUCAACCUCAACUCUGGUCAAAUGAUGGCUGUGAAGCGUAUCAAGCUCGCCGGCAAGACCGAAGACGAGGUGAUGCAGCUCAUGAACGAGGUGGACCUGCUCAAGAGCUUGGCGCAUCCUUCCGUCGUCAAGUACGAAGGCCUCGUGCGCGGAGACGAUGUCGUUUCCAUCAUCUUGGAGUAUGUUGAGAACGGGUCGCUGCUGCACACGCUCAAGGCUUUUGGCAACUUUCCGGAAAAGCUGGUUGCAAGCUACGUCGUCAAGAUACUCGAAGGCCUCAACUAUCUGCACGAGAUGAAGGUCGUGCAUUGCGACUUGAAAGCUGCCAACAUCUUGACCACCAAAAAUGGCAACGUCAAGCUAUCCGACUUUGGCGUCUCCUUGAAUCUCAAAGCCGUGGAAGCGAUCAAGAACGUCAAGAACGACGCCAUUGGCACGCCAAAUUGGAUGGCACCUGAAGUGAUCGAAUUGAAAGGCGCUUCGACGUCCGCUGACAUUUGGUCACUCGGGUGCACGAUCAUAGAGCUACUGACUGGCAAACCCCCUUACGGGGAUAUGCUAGCCAUGUCUGCCAUGUGGCGCAUCGUCGAGGAUGACUGCCCUCCGCUUCCAGCAGACAUUUCACCGCCGCUGCGCGAUUUCUUGCUGCUCUGCUUCAACAAGGAUCCAUCCAAACGACCAAGCGCAGAGAUGCUUUUCGACCAUACUUGGUUACAGCAGACCUGGAAUGGACACAAGGAGCUCAGGCCGCAGGACAGCGUACCUUUCUUGCGUCGCAUUUCUGCUGAUUUCCGCAAAGUCGACAUCAAAAGUCUGCAUGCCGCUAUCAGCGCCGUCUCGGAAGCUAACGAGCCUGCUGCGCCUGCACCUACAGCCUCGUUGUGCGCAACGCCGCUGCUGACAGAAGUUGGCAGGUCCACGUCAUCACCGCCUCCUGCUACUCAGUCAAGGCCUGACCUGCUCGCGACUCGCGCAUACUCGGUGCCGGAUGGCUGGUCUGCAUCCAACCCUGGCGUCGUCUCCCCAGUCGCGCAGCCUGCUACCUCGGUCGAGUUUCCGAUCCUCGCAGACUUGGAAGCAGCCAUUCGCAGAGGCAGCCAAGGAUCCGUCGACAUGUUGCGCUCACCUAGCAUUGCUGCAGCGAGCCCUCUGGGAGUACCUCGCUUGCCAGGAGCUGCAGAUCCAUCGGUGCUCGAUCUCAAUGCGUAUCAAGACUGGCCAGCGAGCGAGCCCGCCAAGCCGCACGCAUUUGUUAAGAGCACGUUCAGCAAAGCUGUACAAUGCCGCAUCUGUCGAGAUCCUGUCAAGAAGCACGCAGUCCUGUGCGAAGAGUGUGGUCUCAUUUGCCACGCCAGCUGUGCUCGUCAUGCACCCCACGCUUGCAACCUUCGAGCACAGCUGCUCAUGUUUGCUGGACGCGAUUCGCAAGAUUUGGCCCGAGGCAUCUCGCCCGCACCUUCGUUUGGUGCUCCGCGAACACUCUCGCCCGCACCUUCCACUGCAACUGGCGGUCAGUCGCCAGCCUUUGGCCCCGCAUUCCGCGUGCCUUUUGCAAACAAAAUGAAGCGCAACAGCAAGGGCGCAACAGAAGCGCUGGCAUCGCCUGCGAUGAAUUCCUCCGCGACCGGGUGCGGCGAUGCUAGUCCCGCCUCGAACAACGCAGCAUCGCCACCAGCAGCAGAAGCGCGAAAGAGGCGCAUCUCACUGCUCCCCAGCAUGGGACUGGGAAAGGCACGUUCGCCCUCGCCUGCCUCUAAAGCUUUCCCUGCUGUUGUGCAGGGUGACGCAGCAUCUGUUCCUCGGUCCUUUUCGAGUGCAACGAGCGGCAAUGCGAAAGGUCGAUCUGCUUCGGUCGUCAACUUUGGCAGCAUGAGCGGAGCUAGCAGCAUAUCGAGCGGAUCGCAAGCCAUGGUACAAACGCCCUCUGCGGGCUCCAACGCUGCCAAUGGGCCUUCCGUCCAGCGUUACUCUUCUCACCAAGGCGCUCCUUCUGCGGGACAUCGCGCCUCGCGAGGUCAUCGCGUGACUCACUCUGCAGCGGUCAGCACUCCUCACCUCAACAGCUUGGUAUCGUCGAACUCUCGGCAGGGCGAGGGCGACGCCGAUGUAAGACUUCGUCAGCGGGUGGGCUCCUUUACCGGCGGGAAUCGCCUUGCUUCCUUUGGCUCCAAGAUGAGCGGCCACAGCGGCGAAGGCACCAUCAUCGACCACGAAGCACCGAGUGCCGAUGGACGUCGUCCGCGGCGUAUCAGCAUGAAGCCGACCGACGACAAAUGUGUCGUGGCGUAGCGUAGAUCGCUGGCCAAAUGUUGGUGUCGCAUCUCGCAUCUCUUUCCUUAUUUUUCACCUGGCCCCCCUACUGCCAUCCUCUUUGAUCCAUCCAUCCCUCGCCGCAUCACUAGCCACCUUUUUAUACCUUGCAAUGCUUCGUCUCUGCUACUCUCCUCCUGUCCGCACCCAUUUCGGCGAUUUCGGCAACGCAUCGAUACACGUGAUAUUACGACUGCAAUGAAUGGCUUUCCAAC